UAUCACGUCCUCACAGGUGCAGAAAUCAUGCAGGCAAAAAAGCACAGGGUUCUGUAGAGAGAAGUGGAGGACCCCACAAGGCAAAUAAAUGCCUCAGGGCAGAGUGGGCUGGUAUCUGAUUGAGGCAGUGUCAAUCGACUGAUGGUCCUUCUUUCUCCAUCAGAUAGCGCAGCGACCAUCAGCAAGCGAGUGGCCCUAGGCGUGGUGCUCUGCCUGGUUGUCCUCCUGGUGGCAUUCUGGGGAGUCAAGCUUCAGCGAAGCUGGAGGAGGAUUCAGAGCCAGCAGGAGGAGCUUCAAGAGAAUUCCAGUGGGCAGAGCUUCUUUGUGAGGAAUAAAAAGGUUCCAAGGGCCCCCCUUGCUGAAGGCCCCCACACCCUGGGCUGCUACAAUCCAGUGAUAGAAGACACCAUCAGCUACGCUACCUUGCGCUUUCCUGUUGGAAAUACUGACACACCAAGAAUUGGAGAUGCAAGAAACUCAGAGGCACAGAGACCUUCCCUAAACAGGGACAACACAGUCACUUACUCUGUGGUGCAGAAACCUCAAGUGGGCGACUAUGAGAACGUGACUCCAGAUGUUCCAGAAGACGAGGGGAUACAUUACUCGGAGCUGGUUCAUUUGGGGGUUGGGGAGCGGCCUCUGUUCCAGGACACAGUGGAAUAUGUGACCCUCAAGCACUGAUGGACCAAACCAACAGAAGUGGAGGUGCCUAGGGGCUGCAGGGGCCAGGCUGGUCAUGGAGGUUUCCCAGCUUCUGCAGCUCAGCAGAGAAAGUCACACAGCCUCCCCCCUGCCCCCCCCCACACACACACAUACACACUCACUUAUUGCACCCAGAGUCAGUACAGAGAACUAUGGGGGGCAUGGCCAAGAGAUAGUCUUCCUUCUCAGCACUGGUAAUCCCAGCCAUCCAAAAGGCCUGCCUUUGGUCUGUUCCCAUUCUCCUCUCCACCUGAAACUCAUGUAAACACCUAGCCUGCACUGUACAAAUCCCCCUGCCCCUCCCCAGCCAUCUGCUACCACCCACCCCUGCAAAAACCCCACCCCCAGCUGGCUGUGUCUCUGCUGGGAUCAGCUUGUUGCUAGUUUUUCUUCUUUCCCUCCCCAUCCCCUUGAUACCCCCCCC